AAUGGCUUUUACAUUAUUGUGUUUCACUACCCUUUCAACUUUUCAUCUCCAUCGCCGGGAGCAACAUUUCUGUUUAGUAACUUUGAUGUCGACCGACGAAUUCCUCUGAACCUGACCGACGGAAAUCCCACACUCGGCGUCCCUCCUGUCGAUUGCGGCGAGUGCAUUUUCCCGCUAAGGGUAGUCGAUCCAUUAUCGAUCGUGAAACAGGAGCACCCAGUGGGACUGAAACAUCUUGCUGAAUCAUUAGAGCAGUAAGAUCCAUUUUCUUCAACGAAUCAAGAUGGGGAACAUGUGUGCAAUUUGCUUUAACCCAGGGAAAGCGGCUAGCUGCAGCUGUUUCAAUUUGGCGGUUGCAGUUUUAUUGUUUGCCGUAUAUUAUGGCCUAGUUGGUGGAAUGGACUUAUAUCAGGCCACUAAAUCACAUCCUGUCCUAGUUACGCAAAAGUACAAUGCCAUAUUCACGUUAUCAGUUGCAACAGCGCUGCUCGUCUCCGUCGUCCUCGGAGUCCUGAAGCUGGGAAUCGUUUCGUAUAUUUUCACGAUGAUGGUUUUCGUGCUACAGCUUUCUGACGCAAUUUUCAAGCUCGUGACAUUCAUAUUGAACUGGGUCGACUGGGGGAUUGCUCUACAUGACGGCACCAUGUCUUUCCAGUCAGCGAUGGUUACGUCCUCCAUCAGUCAGGUUCUAACAAUCAUCCUUACCUUCUCCAUGGCAAACAUCCUGUAUAGUGCGGCCAUGGUGUACAAGGUGGGCGGAAAUGGAUGUGAGUAUCGGAACUACAAGCAGAUUGAGUCUUCAAAAAAUGCUAGCAGUACCAAGAAAGAGGACAAUGAAGCUGCCACGGAGGUUUAAGCUGCAAGAGAAUCCAUUUAGGACUUCGAAAAUAGCUAUUCAAGAUCGCUGGAUAGGUGGCAAGGGGUCUAAAGCUUGGAACUUGCCCGGCAAUAAAUCUGCUAGUCCUGUGCGGCAUAUUUUCUGGUGGAUCAAGCGAGUUUCUACGCCAAGGGAGACACCUGGAACCGGAAAGAUAGUCCAGAGAGCCUUUCGCACAAUUCGGAUUCCUUUUUUUCUGCCUUCUCGUUAGGCACCCUACUUUGGCGCAGACGGUCAAUGGGACUCAAAGUGUUUAGUCCAGGAUCAUCGUGAAAUCCAUUUUCAGUAGCCUGUGUGCAUGUGGAUUGGUCCCAGCUAGCUGCCAAGCUUGUAAAUGUAGGCUGAGUAUGAGCUUGUGACUAUAGGUCUUUAAUUGAGGUUUGCUCGCCGACAGCGCCCGUUUCGAAACCUGGAUGUCGUGAGACUCCUCGUUUGAAUCAAUGCAGUAAAACGCUUUGAAACUCAGUGUUGUAUAUGCGCUCCAAGGGUGUUCAUACGCAAAAUGUCUUUCUGGACGCCACUUUCAUUGACUGCAACAAUUAUCACCUUGUUCCCUUUCCAGCUUUAAGGACUUCUGAAAAUGUUCCGGUGUUGGCACGCGAAGUGGCGACGCGAGUAGGACAUUUGGUAGGAAAGGAUCGAACCACUGCUGAUGGACGUGCCAAAAAGCGCAUGAGUUGCUUGGCGUCAGAGAUAGACAGUGCUUAGGUGACCGCAUAUGAAGCAUGUCGAAGGCGUCGAACAUUCGCCAUAACUGGAGUUGAGCGGCACCCACUGAACAGUCCCCUUUCAGAAGCAC